AUAAUGGUAAUACCCAGUGCAGAGGAAGAAGAGGAAUGGCGACAGUCUCGCUAUCUGCAUUAUGCAACACUCCACUGUCACCUCGAGUGGUCAGUUCUCACAUUACCCACAAACUCUCCGCCUGUGUUCCCAUUAGAAACCUCUGCCUCCAUUCCUUCAAAGCUUCUUUCAGUCCCUUGACUUUGAGGAAGCAGAGAAAUUAUCAAAAAGUAGGGUUUUCGGAGGAAGAAACCGCACUCGUAGAUGAACAGCCGCCACCCCCUCAAGAGGCAACAGAAGAUGAACAGACAACUGUCUCCGUCCCUGUUUCUCACUCGGACAAGCUAACUAUGUACUUCCAGGCAGAGGGAACAAUGAGUGAAGCAGCUAUUCCUAAAGUUACCCAGGCCUUGAAGGGAAUAGAGGGAGUUGCUGAUUUAAAUGUCCAAAUCCUUGAGGGCUUUGCAAGGAUUGAGUUAGCAAAACAGACAACUGCACAAGCUACAGGGGUGGCUUCUGGUUUGGUUGAGGUCAUACAAGGUUCAGGUUUCAGGUUACAAACACUAAACCUGAGUUUUCAGGAUGAAGAGUAUGUAUUUGCUUAAAUAUUUUGUUGAUUUUACAGUUUUUGUGACCGGAAUUUAACCUAGAAAAGAGCAAAAAUUGUAUCCAUUUUGGGAGUAUGUUUAAUUUGCUGCUUUGCUAUUUUGGGGGUGCACAAUGCCAUGAUAUGAUUAUGAUGGUCGUUGCUGCUGCUGGUUAAAAACUUGGAAGUUUGCAUUUGUGGUUGAAUAAUUUUACUCCCAAUUAGGUUUCCUAAGGCGUUUGCUUCAAGGUUUUUUUCCUUUGAUGAAACCAUUUUAUAAUUAUGAGUUUUUCCUUUGCUUA